CGCCCCGGCCUUGGAGACCUGGCCAAGGGCUGGAGGAAGAGCAGGGCUCAUGAGUGGGGAUUUAGCCGCGCUGGGAAAGGUGGCUUCUUCUCCCUGUCCCAUGGACCCCAUGGACAGCCUGGAGCUGCUGGACCUCUUGUUCGACCAGCAGGACGGUAUCCUGCGGCAUGUGGAGCUGGGCGGGCGCUGGGACCUUCCGGGCUGUGACCAGCAGGUCCAGCCUGGGCCCAAUCCGGAGGACUUCCUCACCUCUAUCCUGGGCUCUGGCGACUCGGUGCCCAACUCCCCGCUCUGGUCGCCCUCGGCCAGUGACAGCGGCAUCUCUGAGGACCUGACCUCUGACCCCCAAGACACCCCUCCAUGGAAUGGGCCUGCCCCCACCCCUGCCAGCUGCCUCCCCUCGGAGCCUGGUGAGGCACUCUGCCCCUCCUACGGUCCUGGGCCCCCCGGCCCCACCAGACCCCCAGGGCCAGUGACCCCAGUGCUCGAGGGCUCUGUGGCCAUAGACGUGGGCUUGUGGAGCCCAGAAGGACAUCUCUAUCCCAAGGAGCAGGCUAAGCAGGCCGACUCCCCACCUCGCUACAACCUCACGGUGAAAGAGCUCCUGCUUUCGGGCAACAGUGGGGACCUGCAACAGCAUCACCUGGCAGCCCCCCACCUGCUCCGGCCUGGCCCUGGCCACUGCCAGGAGCUGGUGUUGACGGAGGACGAGAAGAAGUUGUUGGCUAAAGAAGGCAUCACUCUGUCCACCCAGCUGCCCCUCACCAAGUAUGAGGAGCGAGUGCUGAAAAAAAUCCGCCGGAAAAUCCGGAACAAACAGUCAGCCCAAGAAAGCAGGAAGAAGAAGAAGGAAUAUAUCGAUUGUCUGGAGACUCGGAUGUCUGCCUGCACCGCCCAGAACCAGGAGCUACAGAGGAAGGUCUUACAUCUUGAGAAACAGAACUUGUCCCUUUUGCAGCAACUGAAGAAACUCCAAACCCUCGUGGUCCAGUCCACCAGCAAGUCGGCCCAGACGGGCACCUGCAUAGCGGUCCUGCUGCUCUCCUUUGCCCUCAUCGUCCUCCCCUCCAUCAGCCCUUUCGCCUCCGACAGCGGCCAGCGCCCCGGGGACUUCACGCCCGUGCGAGUCUUCUCCAGGACACUGCACACCGACGCCACCUCCCGCGUGGCCCCCGACGCCGCGCCAGGUUCCGAGCCCCGGGGACCCCAGCCCGGGGCAGGUUCACACCCAAAAGGGGCUCCAGACACCUCUGGGGCCGAGCGGGGCUCCGGGGACAUGCCAGUGCCGGGCAACUUGACGGCGGCGCUGGACAACUCAUCAGUGACACUGGACAACUCGACGCUGGCGCUGGACAACUCAUCAGUGACACUGGACAACUCGACCCUGGGCAGCUCGACGUUGGCACUGGGCAACUCGACGCUGGGCAGCUUGGCGCUCGACACCUCAAGUGAGGCGCUGGACAACUGGACAGCAGCGCUGGCCUUCUCUACUCUGACGAUGGACACCUUCAAGGAUCUGCUGGGCCUGGCUGCCCUGCUGGGCUGGGUCACACCUGAGACAGGCCCCAGUCCUGGGCGCGUGGGACUGGAGGCAGCCGGAGAGGAGCUGUGAUACCCCCAAGGCUGGUGUCCCGUGCCCCUCUGCCCAGGGACUUGCAGUGGACAGCAAAGAAUAUUGGGCUGGAGGUGGGGCAGACUGCGGCAGAAACAGCCAGCUUGGUUGACCCACCCACGGCUACAGCCCAGCCCACCCUGGGCCCAGCGACGUACGCAGCCUCCCUAAAGAUGGAGGGAACUGCCAGGACUCUGGAAAAGGAUGUUGGGACUGAGGAGAGGGAGACGGGGCGACAGGCAGACUGAGCCACAGAGCCUGCGGACACACUCAGACACACACAGCCACAGCCACGCACACUCAGUCACACACACAGCCCCAGAUAUGAGCAGUUACAUACACCGCAGCCUUCACACUGGCAGCGCCAUACACUCAAUUAUACUGAUAUACACACACACUGAUACACAGACGCACACAGACGCCAUACAUGCAUGUGUACGAUGCAUGCACGCACACCUACACACGUAUCUAUGUAUAGUACACACAUACAUGUAUGUGUGCAUGUAGCCUCAGUGAACCCCACCCCCAGUGCGGUCUGCCGCGCACACGGGGACGCUGGCCCCAGAGAAGGUAUGAGUUUAAGACUACGAGGUGCUCGAUCCGCACCCACCCCUGUUGUAAGGCUGCUGCGACCUCUAAUAAAGGAUUUGUACCGGA